AUGGCUUCGGGAAGUUGCGCUUGCAAACACAUUCGCUAUACCACCUCUGCAAGCCCGACUAGGCUGGUCAACUGCCACUGCUCCGAAUGCCGCAAACAAGCAGGUGCACCCUACCUGUCCUUCGUACACGUCCCUGCUGGCUCAAUUCAGUGGGAGACGGAGCCCAAGGAAUGGAAAUCCAGCGAAAAUGCUACCCGUACCUUCUGUCCUCGUUGUGGAUCGGUCCUCACGAUGAAAGUGUUCAGCAUGCCCGAGGAAGAGGGGUUGGCGGCGGGUACGCUGGACGAUGUCAAAGGACUGGUUCCGUCUCUGUCUGCUCAUAUUUUCUUGAAGGAGAAGGCUUCCUGGUUCCAGGUGCCAGAUGAUGGAGCAGAGAGGUAUGAGGGAUGGCCUCAGUGA